AUGCAGCUUCAAUAUCAACAAUCUGCUGAGGAGUUCGCCGAGAAGAAGGCUAAAAGAUUCGCGGAGCAAUACGCAAAAGCAAAGGCCGAGGCUGACGCAAAGAAGGGAUACUCGAUCAUGACUCGCCCUACUUUCAAUACACAGGGUUUAAGUCUUGUUGAGGUAGAGGAUCUUGUAGAUGAGAAUUGGGCUUAUGCACAAAAGCAUGGUAAAUACUUCGAACCCGGUAUGGAUGUCGAUGAAGCAUACGAGCUUAGUUGCCAGGGCUUCCUAUGA